AUGGCGGCAGGAGGGGAGCUGAAGUCACAGCUGCAGAAGCAGCAGCCUCUGCCCGGCAGCAUGGAGGCUGCUGGGGACGCCAGGAGACGUCCCCCUCCUGAGGCCUGGGGACCCAGCACCAGCAGCCCUGCCUCCCCCCUCAUGGCCUGGAAGAGCAAGAAGAAGACGAAGCACAUCCGGUGGGCAGAUGAUGAUGAAGAAGACCAGAGCCAGACGAGGAGGCGAAGCAGCUGCAGGACGUGGGGUCCCUGCAAGAGCAGCCUGGCCUCCCCGCCCCGGAAGAGCAGAGCAGCCAAGGGCCACAGAAUCCACCUGCCGAGGGCCCGGGGCCCCCUGCGCCCAGCCCCAGCCGGAGCGGGGCGCCGGCCACGAGGCGGCUGCUGGGCCUGA